ACCACAACCACAACCACAACCACCCGUCCCUAUUCCCCUGCUCAAAAUCAGCACCACCCCAAUUAAUAACCCCACACCACCCCGCCUUUGAUAUUUUCAACCCCCUCGCCCACGCAAAAAAUCAAUAUCGCAAACCCACCCGUGCUGCAGCUCCAACCCUUUCUCUUUCCACCCUUCAACAACCCAAAAAUUUUCCUUCUUUUUCUCUCACUGCGAAACCCCUCCAGAGAGAGAGAGGUGUAGAGAGCUUGAGACUUGUAGGGCUAAAUUAGGAACCACUUCUCUACACAGCUAUGGCUGCCUGUGGGAGCCUCCAACACAUCUUCGACAGCACAUUACCUGAUAGCCCCUCUAUUCUCGAAUCUCUUUCCUCAUGGAAGAACCACCACCGCCAUCGUCAUCAUCAUCAUCAUCAAAUCCUGCCCUCGCACAGCAACGAUGACCGCGGCGAGCACGACCCUAUUGAUCGCCAAUCCUCCUUCACUGAGAUAUUCGGCGAACUUCACUUCAACGAUCAAGAUCCUGAACCGUUGCCGCGGUUGAUGAUGGAGUUGGAGAACAAUGGCAACGGCGAGGAGAACGCGAAGAGCCCUUCUUCAAUGAGCUCUCAGGGCGGCAGUGGACAUGGGCACCACAAGAGCAGCGAGAGCUUCUCGUCGAUGAAAUCGGAGAGCCUACAGCUGUGUACGGAGGGGCUCGGGUUCGAGAGCUUCGGCGACGUGGAGGACUACAUGCUGGCCGAGGCGUGGCAGGCCAAGGAAGAGAAAGAAAGCGCCGGCACCGGUAUGACCAGGAGGAACAUUUACUCGGCUUCAUCGUCGUUCAAGCAUAGUCCUCAGUAUUAUCCUCAUAAUGAUCAUCAUCAUCGCCUCCACGAGUUUCGGCGGUCGAGGUCGAUAGGGAGUGGGUUCCCGCCCCCGAUAUCGAGCUUGAGCAUGAACGGGAAGCCCUGGGUGUGCUUCAAGUCGUAUCGCAACGACGGGCGAUUCGUGUUGAAGGAGAUUAGGUUCCCGACGCAGGAGUUCCUUCAUGCGUCCAGGGAAGGCGGGCGUCUGACAUUGCAGUUCGUCCAUCCAGGCGACGACAUCGAGGAAGACGAAGGGUGUCUUGAAGACGAUGAAGAAGACGACCAAGAUGGAGAGGGAGAAGAUGGAGGGCACGGCGAGAGCGGCUCCGGCGACGUUAAACACGACAAGGAGGAGAAGCGCGAGAAAGCAUGCAGAGGGGAUGUCGGUCUUGGUGGUAAUUCAUGAUAAAUCUGUAUAAAAAGAUGUGUUCUUUACUCUCUCUUUUCUUUGUUCUUUCUUGGAUCCGGUUGUAGUUCAAAGUCUUGAAGAUUACCCAAUCUGGGAAAACGAAAACGGAAAGCCAGGAAAAUGCUUAAACCUUGGCCUCUGCCAAAUCCUGCCCAUGUUUUGAAUAACCUUCAUUUUCUCCUUGGUUUCUGAUUUUCUCUGUGAGUAUCUCUCUCUCUCUCUCUCUUCCCUCUACUGAUCAAUCUUUACCCAUGUGAAAGUCUGGAUUGGCGAAACUCUGUUCGACAAAAAUGAAGGUUUGCGUCCCCAUUGACGAAGAAGAAGAAAGACGAAGAAACGAGGGAGAUUCGAUGGUUCCUACCCAAUAAUUCACGGAGAAAAAUUCUAGAACACCCUGCUUUCGCUGCUGUUAACGUCGAGGGGCCUAUUUUAGAAGUGCGUGCGUGCGAACAAUCGGCCAUAAUAAUCACCGGAAAACGAUGACGACCGCCAUGCAACCAGUCGUGAUAAAAAAGACAGGGACGCUGAGGAAUCUCCACGCAAGUCAGUAAUUCAAGGUCCAAUCCGAAAGGGAAUUAUUCCCGCAUCCGUGGCCUACAGUUGCCAAGAAUCAGAUUUUGCGGGAACCGUAGUGGCCCUGCUCCUACGUUGAACCGGAAGCAAAGGUUUCUGAAUCGAAUGGAGGAACACAUCCCCAUCAAGAUUGGAAAAAAUCUCUGCCUUCUAUCUUUUGGGCGAGACCCAUCUGCUCGUUUUGACUCGAUAUGGAAGGAACUCCAGGGCCCAGACAAAGUGGCAAAAUCCAGAGGCCAAACUGGUUUCUUAGAAAGCAAAGGCGAAAAGGAAUUCUAACAGAAGCCUCCCCACCAUCAUGAAGUUUGCUUCUUGCUGACCUCCUGCGAUUGAUGGACACUUUUGCGGGCACCAAUUUUUCUGUGCCUCCCCCCUCGCUCUUUUUUCUGGUCCACAAUGGAAGUAAACGAACGAACAGUAAUUCACAUGAAAAAGGGGAGUAGGACAUCGUCAGCAUGGCUUUUUCUA